GUCGCAGUUAUUGAAAUGAAAGAUGGCAAGCAAGACUAGUGGCAAGAAAAUUUUUGCUUUUGAGGUUUGGCUAAGCUGUUUUGCAAUUGUUUUGUACGACAAUAUGGUUUGUGUGCGUUGUUCUUACUUUUGUAGCGAAAAGAAGCUAUUAUAUUUUGAUUUUUGAAGACCCUCCCCUCCCCAUUGUUACAUGUAGGCCUACGCCUGGAGCACUGUCUGUCAAAAAAGCAUUUACGCGAAUAGAAGUUCAGCAGGCUUAGAGUCUGACUGUAGGACAAAUUGUCAGUGGUAAUAAUCUAGUUGAUACGCAGAAUAAAUGCUUUAAAUUUGUUUUUCUUAACUGUCAUCAGGCAAAGAUUCCUAAAAUAGCGAAUGUGACAGUUCCAAUGAUGACGUUACCCCAAAGGAAAGAAGUAGAAGAGGAAUGUAACGUGGAUCAACAUUUCAGCAAGGCGGAGCUGGCAAAGAUGUCGCAGUAUGAGAAGAAGAGAUAUCAAAAUCUGAAGAGAAACUAUUUAAUGCUUCUCUCACUUGGUCUACCAGUGACAAAACCAGAGUUUAUGAUGGGUCCCUCAGCCAGGAAACGGAAAAUGAAGACUCCGGUGAUAGAUUCUGACAGUGAUGAAGAGUGGACUCCCACACUGGAGCGUAGGAAAAAGAAGCGGGAGAAACCACCAGCAAUACAGUAUGAAAGUCUUUCGGCUUCUGUGAGAAAUGGUAACAAAGAGAAGCAAAUUAGAAGUGUUUCACAUGGUUUUAAAAAGGCUGCAAAUAAUAACAGAGUUAAGCCGAUUCCCAAACCACCGAGCUAUCCCAAGAGGAAUCGACCAUUGACAAAUUACAUGGACUUGGAAGUGCCAGAUGAUGACAGUUUUUUAUACUGUGAAGAGUGCAAUAAGGAAUAUGAAGGAGAUUGUCCAGAACAUGGAGCUCUACACAGUAUUGAAGACGCAGAGAUAUUUUCUCCAAGGAAAGGUGUUGCCAAAGCUGAAGCUAGUAUACCGAGUUGCCUGAAAAUAAAAACAUCCGGUAUCCUGGGAGCUGGUCAGGGAGUGUUCGCGACUCAGCAUAUUCCUACCCGUACAAAAUUUGGACCUUACAAAGGGGAGAUAAUCCGUGAUAUUGACACAGCUCAUUCGACUGGCUAUUCUUGGCAGAUCUAUAAAGAUGGUAAACCGAGUCAUUUUGUGGAUGCCAGCAACCCUGAGCUGUCAAACUGGAUGCGGUUUGUGAACUGUGCUAGAACCGAGUCUGAGCAGAAUCUAACAGCUUUCCAGUACAUGGGAGAAGUUUACUACAGGUCUCAUGUGGAUAUAGAGGAAGGUCAAGAGCUGUUGGUGUGGUAUGGAGCUGAUUAUGGAACAGAACUCGGAAUACGGAGAUUAGAUCUGAAGAAAUCAGCGAAUGGAAGGGCUGGCCCGUCAGCAAGAUUAGGCAAACAAGGGGAGAUGAUAUAUGCAUGUGGAUGGUGUACAGGGAUAGAAUUUCUGUCAGAGAGUUAUCUGAGAAGUCAUAUGAAGUACAAACAUCAGACUCUGUUACCACUGGACUGGAACAACCAAAAUGUGAACUUUUCCAUUGUCACAGAGAAGGACUACAAAAGCUGUGUUUACAGCAAUGAUGGAGAAGUGAAGUCUUCAGUGAACUGUGACAGAAAAUCAACCAUUAUGUCCAAAAGUUGUGAUAAGAAAUCUUGGCAUAGUUACAAAAGAAGUGGAAAAAGUGCUGUAACUAAUGGCAUAUGUGAUAAAGAGAAAAAGCCAUUCAAAUGUACCUGGUGUGAUUACAGAUGUAGUGUGCAGAGUUAUCUAACUAGACAUGUCAGAACUCACACAGCAGAGAAGCCAUUCAAAUGUACCUGGUGUGAUUACAGAUGUACUCAGCAGAGUAAUCUAACUCAACAUGUCAGAACUCACACAGAAGAGAAACCAUUCAAAUGUACCUGGUGUGAUUACAGAUGUAGUGUGCAGAGUAAUCUAACUCAACAUGUCAGAACUCACACAGAAGAGAAACCAUUCAAAUGUACCUGGUGUGAUUACAGAUGUAGUGUGCAGAGUAAUCUAACUCAACAUGUCAGAACUCACACAGGAGAGAAACCAUUCAAAUGUACCUGGUGUGAUUACAGAUGUAGUAGGCAGAGUGUUCUAACUCAACAUGUCAGAACUCACACAGCAGAGAAGCCAUUCAAAUGUACCUGGUGUGAUUACAGAUGUAGUGUGCAGAGUCAUCUAACUCAACAUGUCAGAACUCACACAGGAGAGAAACCAUUCAAAUGUACCUGGUGUGAUUACAGAUGUACUCAGCAGAGUGCUCUAACCAAACAUGUCAGAACUCACACAGGAGAGAAACCAUUCAAAUGUACCUGUCAGAAUUUGAAGAGAGAAUAA